AUGCAAAACUCGAUGUCAAUAAUGAUUCAGCCAUUCAAAGUGCAGCAAGGGGCUAUAUUGCCCGCAAAGAAAUUCAAAAAGAAAGAGAAUCCCUUCAAGCAGUUCAAGAUUUGAAAGUGACUCUUGGCGAACCUAAAAAGGAAAAGCCAAGCAAAAAUAAAGAGUCUGAGCCUACAGUUGAAAAGGAAGCAAAGAAAACCAAAAAGCCCAAGAGUCCUGAGCCAGAGUCUGCAAAGCACGUGACUCGUGAAAGCUACCCAAAUCCUGAAGAUUUAUAUGAGCAGUUAA